UCAUAAUAGAAGCAGAGCGGGAAGCGUGUGUUUGUUAAGGAUGGCAGGACCGGCUUCAGUCGCUGGUGAUGUUUUUGUCGACGCUCUGCCUUAUUUUGACCAGGGUUAUGACGCUCCAGGUGUCAGAGAAGCCGCAGCUGCUUUGGUGGAGGAAGAGACGAGACGAUACAGACCAACCAAGAACUACUUGAGCUACCUGUCCACACCGGAUUUCUCUGCUUUUGAGACAGAGAUCAUGAGGAAUGAGUUUGAGAGACUAGCUGCUCGUCAGCCCAUGGAGCUGCUCAGUAUGAAGAGAUAUGAGCUUCCUGCUCCAUCAUCUGGGCAGAAGAAUGACAUCACAGCAUGGCAGGACUGUGUCAAUAACUCUAUGGCACAGCUGGAACAUCAGGCAGUGCGCAUUGAAAACCUCGAGCUCAUGGCUCAGUAUGGAUCUAAUGCCUGGAAGGUGUCUAAUGAUAACUUGGCCUUAAUGAUUGACAAUGCACAGAAGGAGCUGCAGAAGGCUAGAAAGCAGAUACAGGACCUGAACUGGCAGCGCAAAAACGAUCAGCUAGCCGGAGGAGCCAAACUACGAGAACUUGAGUCAAACUGGGUGUCGCUUGUUAGUAAGAACUAUGAGAUCGAGCGAGCCAUCGUCCAGCUGGAGAACGAAGUGGCACAGAUGAAGCAGCAACAGGGUGAUGAGAACAAAGAGAAUAUUCGACAGGACUUUUAGGAAGAAAACUGUGCAACGCCAUCUUGAAACCAUCAGACUUUGCUAAAGAAGAGGAUCACCAAAGUGUGGUGGUGGUGGUGGUGGUGUUUUAUUCUGUUUUGGUGACGAAUGCAGAAAAAAGUCUUUGUAAAACACAACUGAGCAAUAGUGUUGUAGUGCAAACAAGAGGGUAAGCUGGUGUAUAGUUCAUGGUUUUACACCAAAAUUAAACAAGACGUCCAUUUCAAUUCUGGAAAUCGGUAACUCACCUUUGUUUACUGUAUACAUACAGUAAAAUAGUUCAUGCGGGUGUGUUGACAUUUAUAAUAAUUUUGUUUAUGUACAAUAAACUGAUGGACAUUUAGUUCAUUUAGAUUUUUUGUUUUACUCUUUGUAAUAUUUCUUUUUUUUAAAUAUACAAUAAAAUGUUCAAUAAAAACUUCA